CUGCCGCGUACCCCGAAGAUGCGGUCGCGGGCGGUGGGCGCGGCGCUGCUCCUGCUGCUGGCUCUCGGAGCGGCCGAGUCGAGGCACAGAGCCUGGCCACGACGGGGGGCUCAUCAGCGCUACACCCCGGACUGGGAAAGUCUGGACGCCCGGCCGCUGCCCGGCUGGUACGACGAGGCCAAGUUCGGGGUGUUUGUGCACUGGGGCGUCUACUCGGUGCCGGCCUGGGGCAGCGAGUGGUUCUGGUGGCACUGGAAGGGCGAGGGGCAGCGCCAGUACGAGCUCUUCAUGAAGAAGAACUACCCGCCCGGCUUCAGUUACGCCGACUUCGGGCCGCAGUUCACGGCCACCUUCUUCGAGCCGGACGACUGGGCCGACCUCUUCCGGGCGGCGGGGGCCAGGUAUGUAGUCCUGACCGCAAAGCAUCAUGAAGGCUUCACAAACUGGCCAAGUCCCGUGUCUUGGAACUGGAACUCUCAGGACCUGGGACCCCAUCGUGAUUUGGUUGGGGAACUGGGAACAGCUCUUCGGAAGAGGAACAUACGCUAUGGACUUUAUCAUUCACUUUUAGAGUGGUUCCAUCCGCUCUACCUACUUGAUAAGAAAAAUGGCUUCAAGACCCAGUAUUUUGUGAGUUCGAAAACAAUGCCUGAGCUUUAUGAUCUCGUUAAUAGGUACAAGCCUGACCUGAUUUGGUCUGAUGGAGAGUGGGAAUGUCCUGAUACUUACUGGAACUCUACAGAUUUUCUUGCUUGGCUCUAUAAUGAUAGCCCGGUCAAGGAUCAGGUGGUAGUAAAUGACCGGUGGGGUCAAAACUGCUCCUGUCACCAUGGAGGAUUCUACAACUGUCAAGAUAAGUACAUGCCAAAGAGCUUGCCAGCUCACAAGUGGGAGAUGUGCACCUCCGUGGACAAGUCAUCCUGGGGCUAUCGCCGCAACAUGGUGAUGGCAGGCAUUGCAAGCGAAGAGGAGAUCAUUUCGGAACUGGUUCAGGCAGUGAGUCUGGGAGGCAACUAUCUUCUCAACGUUGGACCAACUAAGGAUGGAGUGAUUGUUCCCAUCUUCCAAGAAAGGCUUCUUGCCGUCGGGAAGUGGCUGAGCAUCAGUGGGGAGGCUAUCUAUGCCUCUCAGCCGUGGAGGGUGCAGUCAGAUAGGAACACCACAUCUGUCUGGUAUACCUCAAAAGUACCAGACGUUUAUGCCAUUUUACUGCAGUGGCCAAAAAAUGGAGUCUUAUACCUUGCGUCCCCUAAAACUACCUCGGCUACAAAGGUAACGAUGCUGGGACUCGAAGGUGAUCUGAAAUGGUCCCAGGAUCCGGGUCAAGGCCUCUUCAUUUCCCUGCCUCAGUUACCACCCUCUGCUCUCCCUGUUAAGUUUGCUUGGACUCUCAAGCUGACAGGAGUGGAGUGAUGUUUGAGUUCCAGAGGAAAGGGACACUACCCGCUGAUCCUUGCCAAUGACUUUAGAUGAAAACUAAGCCCAGUUAUACUGUUGCCUGUGGGAGGAAGCGGACUGGAUUUGAUAAGCUGCAUCAGUUGUCACCAGCUGUUCCCCCUCCCCUCCAAAGGGCUGGGGAGCCUAGUGGGAAAGGAAAAGGCGUAAGGGUGUUACUGGUCAGUUCCAAAGCAAACUAAGGGCCCUGAAAUCCAGUCUGUUUACAGUGAUACUGUGAGGAAAGUGAAUGUGAUUCUGCCCUGUGCCUUUGUACAUAUCAAAUAAGUAAAUUUAUAUGUCAAAUCCUUUGUCAAAA